AGCUAUAACACCGAAAGAUGACAGACCUAGAACCCAAGGUCAGGAUCAAACUGCCGUCGCCGCCCUUCCAUGCCAUUCCAGGCCUCCCCAACUUCCGCGACGCCGGCGGUUACCCUAUCAAUGCUCAGCCUGGCCGCAUCCUCAGACCCGGCGUAGUCUUUCGCUCCGCGGAGCCCUCGCGUCUCACCGACGAUGGCGUUGCUUGCCUCCAGGAUCUCGGCAUCACCCACGUAUACGACCUCCGUUCCGCCAUCGAGCUCAAGCGCCUCGCCCUGGCGGGGGCGAACUGCGAUGUCCGCGAGUGGCCCGGUGCCCAGCGCGUCUUUGUCCCCGUCUUCCGGGACCAGGACUACGGGCCCGAGGCUAUUGCCUUGCGCUAUCGCAACUACUCGAGUAACGGCACCGAGGGCUUUACGAAAGCCUACACCGAUAUUCUACGCACUGCCUCGGAGCCAGACCACCCCUACGACCCCUUCCGCACGAUACUCUCUCACCUCGCCACCACCGAGGCCCCCUCUCCGUUCCUCGUCCACUGCACCGCUGGCAAGGAUAGGACCGGUGUCAUCUGCGCCCUCAUUCUCAGCCUCUGCGGCGUUUCGGACGAGGUCGUGGCUCACGAGUACAGCCUGACGGAUAUCGGCCUCCAGGACCGCAGAGAAGAGAUUGUCAACCACCUCCUCGCCACCGAUGCUCUCAAAGGGAAUCCCGAGGGCGCCCGGCGCAUGAUCGGCUCCCCGAAAGAAAGCAUGCUUGCGACACUGGCCAAGCUUCGUGAGGAUUAUGGCUCUGUCGAGGCUUACGUGCAAAACAGAUGUCGCUUGUCGGCAGAGGCCGUCAGCCAAAUUCGAUCCAAUCUUACGGUUGAUGUCGCCGACGGGUUUCAAGUAGUGGACUGGGUCUCGCACUCUAAGCAUUUGCUUUGAAAGAAUAAUUCGAAUUUUGUGCUGGGCUUGUGCUUCUUCGAGCUGCCCCUCCCGCUCAACUCGUCAUUAUACAGAUACAUGUACAUAGGUAUACAGUGGGCAGGUACAGACGUUUUUCAUACAAAGACAUGAACGCCAACUGAGGAGGACGUUAACCAAACAGGCUCCGAUCCAUCCUUUUUCGGUGGUGUGGGGUGGGGGGUAUCAUUGUGCCCUCGGGCUGCCGUUCCGCCUCAAUGCUGUCAAUCAACACCUCACAGAGUAGGCGGGCGUUGGGUGUAAAAGGAAACUCAGGGCACCGACGUAGGAAUCUUCAGCUCGCCCUUCCUGCGAUCGUAGAAGGGCACGCCAUAUCUCCAGCCAACGCCUCUUCUGCUUCGACCAUCCUUACCGGCGCUGUCGACGUUCAUCUCCUUGAAUCGGAACUCGAAACGACCGGUAUCCACACGUUGGGUCUCUUCCUCGGCCUUCUCAAGACGUCGGCGCUCCCUCUCGACUAAUCUGUCCUCUUCAGCCCUUGUGACCUCUCUGAAUUUCUUGGUCAACUCGGCUGCCGAACCGCCAGCAGCAGCAGCUUUCCUCAUGGAAAUGAGCUCCUUGUGUGGCGAGCGGCCGUCCACAGAAAGCAUUUUUCUGUGGAAAGCCUUCGCAGCAUCUUCUCUGUCGAACUGGCGAGACUCGGACACGGGCACGAACAGUUGCUGCAUCGUAAGCCUGUGGACAUGGAUCUCGUUGAUAGGUUCAUGAGGACUCUGCAGAUCCGGUCUGUCUUUAUUCAGCUCGGUCUGGGGCAGCAUUCGGAGAACCGCCCUCGCGUAUGGCCGAGCCAAUGGUUUGCGCUAUCAAGUCAGAAAUUUGUUAGCUGACUGAGAUUUGAUAGAAGUACGCGACUGUUGCGGAAAGGGUAAUGUAGCAAAUCAGAGAGGCUCGCAGUGCCAAGGUGUAACCAUAUGUUGCGU